AUAGUUCGUGCGUGACAUUUCCCACCCUGCCUUUGAUCUUUCCCUUGCUGAUAUGAUAUACACCCUUUUAGUUAUGAUCACAACAAGAUCCUAAUUUUUUCUGUACAUUCUUAAAAUUUUCGUGCACAGUAAAACUAAGACAUCCAUUAAAUAUUGACUUAUUGACCAAUGGUGAGCUAGCAAAUUGCAUAUAGUGUGGUCCGCAGCAGCAGAUAACAACGAUUAAGAGAAGUCGGGCAACUGCACUUAAAUUCCUAUAGAUUAGAUGAUGACAAGUGACCAUCAUAAUUAUAUUAGAGGCUAUUUAGCUGCCUGAAAAGGAUGCCAAUUCAGAAAUGGUUUGCACUGAGAAUGAAUUGUUGGGGUGGAAAGAUUUCCCAAAAGGACUUAGAGUCCUUCUUCUUGAUCAAGACCAAAAUUCUGCCUCUCAGAUGAGAUCAAGGCUUGAGGAAAUGGACUAUAUGGUUUACACGUUCAGCAAUGAAAAUGAAGCUUUGUCUGCAAUCUCAACCAAGUUGGAAGUAUUCCAUGUUGCCAUUGUAGAGGUAAGUCCUGGCAACAGCGAUGGGAGCCUCAAAUUUCUCGAAAGUGCUAAAGAUCUGCCGACUAUAAUGGUGUCAAACAUUCACUCUUUUAGCACCAUGAUGAAGUGUAUAGCGCUUGGUGCAGUUGAGUUCCUUCAGAAACCAUUAUCAGAUGAUAAACUGAGAAAUAUAUGGCAGCAUGUGGUCCACAAGGCAUUUCAUUCUGGAGGAAAGAAUGACUGUGAGUCUCUUAUGCCGGUUAAAGAAUCUCUUUCAUCCAUGCUAGAGCUCCAAUCAGUAAAGUGCGAAGCAGAUAAUGAAAAUUCUAAUGGAGCUGAACCCUUGACCUCAGUGGUGGAAAACCAAAAAGAAUCACCACUGUGCUCCGAUAAAUAUCCAGCUCCUUCAACCCCACAACAGAAACAAGGAGUGAGGUCAGUGGAUGAUGGUGAUUUCCAAGAUCAUACUACGUUGUCAAAUGAACAAGAUAGUGGGGCGCAUGAAGGGGACACAAAAUCUGUCGAAACUACUUGUUGCAAUUCUCUUGCUGAGACUACCGGGCAACUACAAGAGGCUAUCACAAAAGAGGAUCAUGAUUCUACUGCUGAUCAAAAGAUGGAGGGUCGUCUUGCUACUUGUUCACAAAGUAAUGACUGCCCAGGCAAUGACAGUACUCAUUCUGCUGACACUAAUAAAGCUUCUGGUCUCCAUAGUUCAAGUGGGACAAAAGCUAAUAAGAAGAAAAUGAAGGUAGACUGGACACCUGAACUACACAAGAAAUUUGUUAAAGCAGUGGAGCAACUCGGUAUAGAUCAAGCCAUUCCUUCUCGAAUACUAGAGCUGAUGAAAGUAGAAGGCUUGACGAGACAUAAUAUCGCUAGCCAUCUCCAGAAAUUCAGGAUGCAGCGGAGGCAAAUUUUGCCAAAGGAACACGAAAAAAGAUGGCCUCGUCCUCAACCUAGAGAUUCAGUACAGAGGGGCUAUUAUCCACAUAAACCUGUCAUGCCCUUUCCAACAUAUCAUUCUAAUCAUGCACCCACGGCUGGUCAAUUCUAUCCUGCCUGGAUACCACCAGGCAGUUACCCGAAUGGUGCACAUAUGUGGGGUUCGCCUUAUUAUCCUGGAUGGCAACCGCCUGAGACUUGGCACUGGAAUCCUCAUCCAGGGUUGUAUGCUGAUGUAUGGGGUUGCCCCGUUACGCCUCCAUCUUUAGGAUCAUGUCUACCCUACCCUCAAAAUGCAGCUGGAUUUCACAGAGCUGAGGGAAUACAGAGUAGAUAUAGCAUAUUAGAGAAAUCAGUUGAUCUUCGUCCGGCAGAGGAGGUGAUAGAUAAAGUAGUGAAGGAAGCAAUAAACAAACCAUGGUUGCCUCUGCCUUUGGGCUUAACGCCUCCUUCAACGGAGAGUGUUCUCGACGCGCUAUCCAAACAAGGCAUCUCCACCGUCCCUCCACACAUCAACGGUUCUCGUCGCCCCAACUGACACGGCAAUUGCCUCUCUGAGUCCCACACAUGGAGGCGCAUAUUUACUAAGCGCGUGGCGAUGACUUGACCUGACACAGAACAAAAAAGUAGAUCCUAUACUGCUCCCAUAAGGUCUUGUUCGUGUGCUGUUCCUUUCUGUUGGUGCGGCACAGAAUCAGCCACGUGUAUGUCUUUGGUUGAAUGGCGGAAUUGUGUGUUUUUUUUUUUUCUGUGUAAAUAUUCUUUUCGAAAUAUUUGCCAGGUUUUGACUUGACAGGAAAUUUAAGAAAAUGAGUGAAAAUCAUUUUCGCUCUUCAAGUUUGCUUUAAAAAUUAAA